GUUACAUAUGCUGUGGGCAUCUAACAAAGUAUAAAAGGGCAAGGGUGGCACAAGCAUUUACAGUCAAGUUUAAACAACCAACAGCCACCAUGACCAUGGGCAGGAUCAUCUUCUACGAGGACAAGAACUUCCAGGGUCGUUCCUAUGAGACCAGCCAGGACUGCCCCGACAUGUCCUCCUACCUGAGCAGGUGCAACUCCUGCAGGGUUGAGAACGGUUGCUUUAUGGUCUACGAGCGCCCCAACUUCAUGGGACACCAGAUGCUGGUCAGAAGAGGAGAGUACCCCGACAACCAGCGCCUGAUGGGCAUGAGCCAGAGCGACUGCAUCAGGUCCAGCCGUAUGAUCCCCAUGCACAGAGGAUCCUAUAAAAUGAAGAUCUACGAGAAGGAGAACUUUGGAGGUCAGAGCAUGGAGCUGAUGGAUGACUGUGACUCCAUCCAGGAUCGUUACCGCAUGUCUGACUGUCAGUCUGCCCAGGUUAUGGAUGGCCACUGGCUGAUGUUUGAGCAGCCCCACUUCAGAGGCAGGAUGAUGUACAUGAGGCCUGGAGAGUACAGGAGCUUCAAGGAUAUGGGCAUGGGGGCCAAGGGCAUGAGGUUCAUGAGCAUGAGGCGUAUCACCGACAUAUGCUAAAUCAUCUGAUUGUCAAUUGUUCAAAUAAAUGUGCAAAAACACUA